AACGUGUAAGAACGUAAGGUUACGGCGUCUUAACAAACGAUUCUUAAGAAUGUGUAAACACCGUGAAUACAUGUCCUUGUGCAACGUACCCUAGACCUGUACGAACUUCCUGGUUGGCAAACUAAUGUACAGACAAGGUGUUUGACGUUGUAGCCGACCAGACAUGGGAUUGUACCGGUACCUACUGGUCUGCUGGUCAGUAGUGUGGACGCUGACGGUGGUUAACGCAUCAGUUAACAUCGCCUCUGGUAAAGCCACUAACCAAAGUUCUGUCCUCCAUAACUGGGACAGCUCUAAAGCCGUAGACGGAUGCGUCCUAACAAAUAUGCAAUCCAACUGCUGUACACACACGGCGGCGAAACUUACCGAGGUCUGGUGGCAAGUAGAUCUACAGACACAAUCCGUCAUAGAAUCCGUGAAUAUCAUAUAUAGAGAUGAGAACAACCUAGCCAGACUUGCGGGAUACGAGAUAUUCCUGUCUAAUACUCAAGACUGGACAUUAGGAACAAGGUGUCACAAGGACACCACAGCUGAAUUGGGGUCCAUGGCUGUGACACAGUACAUUACAUGUCCAGGUGUCUCCCGGUAUCUGACUAUCUACAAUGACCGCCGAGUAAAAGCAAAAAGGUGGUACUCGACGGAUGCUAUACUGGCACUCUGUGAGGUACAGGUUUAUGGUUGCCCAGUUGGGAAGUACGGAAAUGGAAAUUGCAAUAACGACUGCAUGAACUGCGUCAAUAACACGUGUGACGCAACAUCUGGUACAUGUGACGUUUGCACUGCUGGAUAUUAUAAAAUUGGCGGAAUUUGCGUUCAAUGUCCGGUUAAUUGUGCGGAAAAUAAAUGUGACAGCUUUACUGGAGCUUGUUCAGAAUGCAAAGCCGGAUAUCACGGAAGUACCUGUACUCAGACGUGUCCUACCAAUUGUAAAGACAGCAUAUGUAUCCAGGUUAACAGGUUUUGUACAGAAUGUGCUGUUGGGUAUCAUGGCGAUCAAUGCGAUAUGAAUUGCCCGUUCAACUGCAAGGAUAAAUUUUGUAACCAGACUAAUGGUCGGUGUAUAGGAUGUGGACCAGAUUACCAUGGCAGCGACUGUUCUCUGAAUUGCCCGGACAACUGCAAGGACCAUGCUUGUAUUCAGGAGAACGGACGAUGCAUAGAGUGUGUCUCUGGCUUCCAUGGUAGCAAAUGUGUAAACAUGUGUGGCUACUGUCAAGAUGGGAGAUGUGACAAAGACACCGGGACUUGUAUGACGUCAUGUAUAGAUGGACUAACUGGCCAUAGGUGUGACAUUAAAGUUGUCACUUUACCAAGUAAAGAAGAUGACUUCAAGGCGGCAGCAGUUGGAAUAGGUAGCGUCUUUGGAGUGGUUAUCGUUGCUCUGGUCAUCGUGAUAAUUGUACAGGCAAGACGACAUCGUUCAAUGAACAAUCAGAACACCACGAGGUCUACCACUAUGACAGAUAUAUCUUUACCGAGUAUUGGACAGGAACGACGGGCAGAAACAGACGGUACCUAUGCCGUUAUAGGCGCCCAGGAAAGAGACAAAAACAUCACGAAGAUGUCUGCAGGUGACAGCAGUUAUGAGCAACUCGGAUAUAGGGAGAGAGAUGUUCCGCAUUUAUAUGAGACAACAUGACUGAGUUCGAAAAUCUGAACAGACAAUGAAUUGAUAUUAUAAUCUGACACAAGUGAUACUGUAUUGGAUAAUCUGUACAGACAAUGUAUUGAUAUCGUUAUAGGACACAAGUGAUACUGCGUCAAAUAAAAAAAUAUUCCAGGUGAGUCAAUAAAAUUAAACCUUUUGUGUUUAACGUUAUUCAUUGUUUUUAUCAAAGCAUUUUUUUUUAAUUUCAUUCCUCCUGCAUGUACUUCGUAGAUCAAAACAUGGUCAACUACCAUCACCUCGGGUCAGCCAUUGUUGACGUCACCAUUUAAUAUCUGUAUGAUAUAC